GGCCUUCACCCGCACUCCCCGUGCCAUGAAGAGGAAGCCGGGGAACGGGCGGGGGCCGGACCCCGCGGCCCCUCAGCAGCGAGCCCGCUCUGUCACCAAACCAGCAGAGUACGUGGGAUCCUUCACGCUGGAGGAGCCGGAGCUGCAGCAGCGAGCGGGGCGGGUGGAGGAGCAGCUGCAGGCGCUGAAGGACUGUCCCCGCAGGAGGUCGGUGCUGCUCAGGUUCAGCUUGCAGGGGCUGAAGGUCUACGGAGCUGAUGGGGAG